AAUUAGAAAAAAAACUAUCAAUCUGAAAUCAUUGUUAUUUGAAACCCUAAAAAUACAAAAGUUUUAGCGAAAAAUCUACAAAUCUUUGGAUGAAAUCAUCAUGGCUGAAAUAUCAUCAAUUUUUCAUUGUAAAAAAUGGACAUUAUGUUUGUUAUGUAUUGCACGAAUUAUUUUAUGUAUUGUAUUUACCGCAUUGGAAUUACAAUCAACAUCAACAUCAUCAUAUUAUUGGAUUGAUAAAUUGACCAUUGAUCAUGGCAAUACUGAAACAAUUCGUAUUUCAUUGAUUCUAUUCACUAUUGUAACCAUAUUGAUACUUUUGAUUGGUAUAAUCAGUGUUUAUUUGGAAAAUUAUUCACUUUCAAUAACAUUUGGUUCAAUUAUAUUUUUGAUCAUAUUUAUCGAUGCUGAUCUAUCAUUAUUUUUUAAUCGUAUCAAUUUUUUCGGUUUCGUAUUUACCAUAAUAAUAAUGUUGGCAAAUAUUUGGAUCAAUCCAGAUUUGGAUCAAAUUCUAUCACAACGACGAUUGCAAAGAAGAAAUCUUCAAAUUAAUAAUGGAAUUAUUAAUCCUGGUUAUAAAAAUUGAUUUUCAUUUCAUUUUGUAAUUUGAUUGAGUGAAUUAAAUAAGAAUCUAUUGAAUAAAUGAUGAAAUAAA